AGUCAGAACUGCUUUACCAUUCUGUUGCUUGCGCUUGCGUUUUUGACGUGAACUUUUUGGCCUGCUGGUUCGGCCGUCUCGAAUUUACCGUUCGCGAAAUCUUCGUUCUUCUAGCCGCCACUGAUUCUCCGGCAUGUAGGCAGUUUUUCCAUAGCACCGCUCUCGGCAAUGUCCCGCCAACCGUUCUCGCUUUCGGGCCGCCGUGACCGUAUCUCGUUGUGUGACCCCUUUGCCGUGUGAUGUGUGGAUGGACGGUGUUUUCGUCGAGCUUACGCGUCUCCCUAAGCCUAAGCCCGUGCUCCGAGCCAUCUCUAGGGCCUCAUGAGCGCUAAUUGCUCGCCAGAUCAUUAAGGAAUCACCGACUGCGAAAGCGAAGACACUGGGGCACCGGCCGCCAACCCAUGGUAGGAGAGACCGCUUACUCCAAAGUCUCUACCACACUGCCGUCCGGCGUACCUGCAUUCGAGGACGGCCACCGCAAAGAUAACAUGCCGCAAGUCGUCAAGAAAUGGCAAGUCUUCCCGGGAAGGAACAAGUUCUACUGCGACGGCAGGCUCAUGAUGGCGAGACAGACGGGUGUCUUCUACGUCACCGUAGUGCUGAUCGUCGGGACUUGCACGCUGUUUUUUGUGUGCGAUUGCCCUUACCUGGCUCGUGAGAUCAGCCCCGCCAUCCCAGCAGUGGCAGCAGUCUUGUUCCUGUUUGUGAUGUCUGCAUUGUUCAGAACUAGCUUCAGUGAUCCGGGAGUCAUUCCCAGGGCCAGUCCCGAAGAAGCGGCAGACAUAGAAAAACAAAUCGAGGUGCCAAAUGGGUCGAGCUCCCCAACUUUCCGGCCGCCUCCCCGUACCAAAGAAGUGGUGGUGAGUGGCCAGACGGUGAAGCUCAAAUAUUGCUUUACGUGCAAGAUAUUCCGGCCUCCGAGGGCUUCUCACUGCAGUCUCUGUGACAAUUGCGUUGAGAGGUUUGACCACCACUGCCCCUGGGUGGGCAACUGUGUAGGAAAACGAAAUUAUCGGUACUUUUAUGUAUUCAUCAUUUCACUAGCCUUCCUGUGUGUCUUCGUAUUUUCCUGUGUCAUCACGCACAUUGUCUACGUUGCUCGUGAACACGAGUCAUACCUAGAGGCUGUGAAGGAAUCCCCAGCGAGUGUGGUGGAAGGAGUGGUGUGCUUCUUCUCUGUAUGGUCCAUCAUGGGCCUGGCAGGUUUCCACACCUACCUCACUACGUCCAACCAGACUACCAACGAAGAUAUCAAAGGCUCCUUCUCAUCAAGAAGAGGUCAAGAUGUGUACAAUCCAUACAGCAAGGGCUCCUUCAUCAGCAACUGCGCCUCCGUGCUGUGCAGCCCUGCACCUCCAAGCCUGAUCGACCGGCGAGGUGUGGUUAUUGCCGACAGCGGGCCAGUGCUGAGGGAGAGCUACGGUGCUGUUAAAGCGUUUCAUCUAUCACGGAACGGUCUUCAGCUCAAUGCGAGCACCGCAAGUGGGGCAGUUGGCCCUACACCCGUGAUAGACAUGAAAUCCAGUCACGUGCCAUACGCCGGGCCACCCUUGCAUACAGGGAGGGCCACGUUACCCCAAGCCGCCAAUGGCUCCUACCCACGGGACGUACAUUAUCAAAACUCUGGCAGCCAUGGGAGGGGCCACAUACCCGUGGCCGUAGUGCCGCCGCAGUCGCGCCACCCAUCCGAGCCAAGUUCGAUCACCAAGGGUCUACUCCCAGACAGCAUCGACCACGAGUUUGGGGUAGACGCUGGUAGUCAGCUCUCGCUCCUCAAACAAAGUUCGGUGUGACCACGCCAGGCACGAGCACGACGCGGUCCCUCGGAAGGCUGCGCCAUGGAGUCCCGCCACUUGCCAACUCGUCAGGCUGCUGCGCAGUUGUCCACUACGACCUCCUACAAGGCCCUACGAGGGCAAGACAGCGGGACAGUACGCAAAGAGCUUGUCAACUUGAGAUUAUCUGCUCCCGAGCCAAACCAAGAACUGCGUUAUAACACGGCAUGCGAAGUCCGGGGCCAGCCACCGUAAGGCCAUAACAAAGAAACCGCUGCUCAUAAUUUCUUCUCGUCACAAUCUGCACGACGACUCGGUGAUUGCUGCACCCCAUUAAUUUUUUACGGCAUAAUUGACUUAAACGGUCUUACGGUGGCUUCAGAGUGCAUUGACCAGACAACUUCGAAGAUACUGUUGAAGUCUGUUGAGGGCACGUUUUAUGCCAGUUGUUGUAUGUCCGGCUAUGCCAUACGUUUUACACUCUCCUAAGGUGGUUGGAACAAUGCAGUAAGAAUCUGGUUUGUUAGCUUAGCUGCCUUUGUUGCCUCAUGACGUGAACGGCACUUUCUCUUCAUAGUUUCCCGUGGGGCGGACAUCUGAUGUGGUUUGCCUCCCAGUUGGCAUAAGGAGAGCUCUGAUCCGUUACGCUGUUUUUAUUAUUACUAUUAAUAUUAUCAUUACUACUACACCAUUAGCGCAAUCGCUUGCCUGUUUUAGAACUCACUCAUCAGCACCUCAGCAGUACAUUCAUGUUGCAGCCCUCUAUGUUACGUUCUUCAUUGCAUGGCGUGUUUUAGCAGAGUUUCGCCUGUCAUGUUAGUCUUGGUAAAGUGUAUAUCCCGUUUGCUUUGCUUCUUGAAUCCUGACAAUGGUUGUAGCAAUCUUUUAAAUGCUAUAUGGUGCUUUCCACGUUGGGGUGGCUUUGUUAGCUGCUCUGUGAGAAAAAAAAAAAUUUUCUCAAGCAAAGCAAUACCCGCGGGUCUUAGUUGGAACGUGUCAGAUUGUAUACGUUGCAGUUCACAUGCUUCGGCAUCGCAGAACGGCGAUCGAACACACGCUGUCGGACAACUCCUAGUCACGCUUUGUUUUAGCUCACAGCCAUAUAGGCAAUCGCACAACGGUCACAGGUAAGGCUGCUGCGAGCCUUUGAAUGUGAACCCGCCAAUCGUACCUUUAGCGAGCGCCAUCGUUAGGACAGAGCUUUUAUUUCGUUCGGAUAUUGAGUGUGCCCUCUCUGCCAUACUGUGUGGGUGUUGGUUUUUAUAUAUAGCAGACUAUAUUCGGUGUUUAGCGAGUACGUAUAAAUGCUAUAUGCCCAUGCUCAUUUCAUUUUUACUUUUGCCCCAUAUUUAUGAGAAGCCUUACGACUUGCAACCUUGAACAAAGACUGAAAGCAAAACAAAAAAAAAAGAACAGUCCCUCCCAAAGGCACACAUAUUCUCUCCCACUUAUCAGCUCACUUGUGUUGCGUCACCUUCUUUUUUACUGUGUGUUUGUCCUGUGUACAGCUAAAUAUGUGAAGAAUUUAUUACUGUUGCCAGUAUGUUUGCUGAAGUUCACAUUGUGAUGGCCACCAUGGUGGGUGAUAUGCACAGAAUUGCAUAGAAAAAAAAUUGUCUCGCUCCAGGUUGCCCAUCAUGUUUAAUUGGUGCUCAGCGGGAUCUGCAGUGCAAAGAAUUAAGGCCUAUUUGCUUAUUGCUAUCAUACUUGGACUCGCCUGUGAGGUUUCUCGCAGCGUUUGCCCAGCACCGAGUCACUGAAAGCCGGAAAAGAUGUGUUACAGCGAAGAUGCGUUUUUCUGCUGGUGCAUUUCGCCUGCGUCUUGUGGUGUUGAAAAAAAGAAAUGUUUGACUGUUAUAAAUCGUUCUUCACUGGACUUGUGAUGCAUGUUUACUGCAGGAGCUGGCGUAUAUUUAUUGUGUGAAAGCUAGGUUGUUGUGGUUUCUGCUCGAGGACAUUCUGUACAAAUCAAGCGGCGGGUGAAGGAAUUUUCGCGAGGUAAAUUAUGACAUCAUUCAUCGGUAUAAACUAGGACUUCGAAGUGUUCCAGAAUCUUUUUGUGUCUGUAUCGCAUCGCAGCAUUUAUGAAGAUUUGUGCUUACACACCUGUCUAAAUGGUCAGUGAUGGGCAUCAUGAAAGACUAACAGUACACAUAUUGUAGGACAGCACUACGACGUCUGGUGGCUUUGUUUAACUUGUUUCAUGGCUUUGACCGAACAUUCGAGAUUGUUCUUACUUCAGUUAUUUGCUUCAAAGUACCAGUGUGUUGUGAAAAAAACUGGAUUUUAAUAUUUGGCAAUGGCAUAUACCGAUGCUUGUAUCAGUGUACAUAUGCAUAUACAUGUAUAAAUAUACUUGAAUUGUAUAUAAAUACGCUGUGUAGAUAUUUUUGUGGAAUGUGUACAUUGGGUUUUUAAUUGUUAUGCUUUUUGCAUAUCGAUAUUGCAAUAAAUAAUUUUAUAC